UUGUUACAUCUUCUCUGCGCCGGAAGGAGAACCCGAGAACACUUUUGGAAUUAUGGCGGCGGUGGAUAUCCAAGAUAAUCUACUGGAAAUCUCUUGGGUUGACAGUACAUGGAUCCCCAUUUUGAACAGUGGAAGUGUCCUAGAUUACUUUUCAGAAAGAAGUAAUCCUUUUUACGACAGAACGUGUAAUAAUGAAGUGGUCAAAAUGCAGAGACUAACAUUAGAACACUUAAAUCAGAUGGUUGGAGUGGAAUACAUCCUUUCACAUGCUCAAGAGCCCAUUCUUUUUAUCAUCCAGAAGCAACAGCGGCAGUCCCCUACCCAAGAUAAUCUACUGGGAAUCUCUUGGGUUGACAGUACAUGGAUCCCCAUUUUGAACAGUGGAAGUGUCCUAGAUUACUUUUCAGAAAGAAGUAAUCCUUUUUACGACAGAACGUGUAAUAAUGAAGUGGUCAAAAUGCAGAGACUAACAUUAGAACACUUAAAUCAGAUGGUUGGAGUGGAAUACAUCCUUUCACAUGCUCAAGAGCCCAUUCUUUUUAUCAUCCAGAAGCAACAGCGGCAGUCCCCUACCCAAGUUAUCCCACUGGCUGAUUACUAUAUCAUUGCUGGAGUGAUCUACCAGGCACCAUACUUGGGAUCAGUUAUAAACUCUAGAGUGCUGACUGCGGUGCAUGGCAUUCAGUCAGCUUUUGAUGAAGCCAUGUCAUACUGUCGAUAUCAUCCUUCCAAAGGGUAUUGGUGGCACUUCAAAGAUCAUGAAGAGCAAGAAAAAGUUAAACCUAAAACCAAAAGGAAAGAAGAACCAAGCUCCAUUUUCCAGAGGCAACGUGUGGAUGCUUUACUCCUAGACCUCAGACAAAAAUUUCCACCCAAAUUUGUGCAGCAAAAGUCUGGAGAAAAGCCUGUCCCAGUGGAUCAGACAAAGAAAGAGGCAGAACCUACACCAGAAACUGUGAAGUCUGAUGAGAAGGAGGCCACAAAGAACAUCCAACAGACAGUGAGCCCUAAAGGUCCCCCUGAAAAACUAAUGAGACUUCAGUGAGUAUUGGACAAGAGAAGCUUGUAAGACUUCUUGUCCGUUAUUAUACCUCAUACUGUGACAGGCUCUUGAACUUUGAAAUUCUUUGUCACAGCUCUCAUUUGUGUAGAAUGUGCUUGCUCUUUAUGCUCUUUAAGAAAGGAUAUAAGGACCCUCAUGCUUUUGAGAUGGAUAUUUGUAUCUUUUGUAACCUUUCCCCUACGGACUUGAGCAGCCUCCUCACUCACAUGUGUACUGCUUACAUAUGUUUGAAACCAAAUUAAAGUAUUU